AUGCAGGAGGCGCAAUCGUGCGAGAGAGAGACAGCGAGAGAGAGACAGAUCGCCCUCUCCGCGCUCUCUCCGUCUCUCUCCAUUACAUCUCUCUGUCUCUCUGUCUCACUGUCUCGGGUCACUGCGAGUCAACCAAACAAGCCAAGCCAAACGGCCAUGGCAAAGAGGAAGCAACCGCCGUGUCGUCCCAUCACAAAAAGCCCAACCAACCCGACGCGCCGGUCCCCCAACCUCUUGUCCUUACUCUUUGGGUACUUGAUCAGCCGUGUGCCCCCCUCUCCCACACACACUCUCACACACACACACACACACACACACACACGCUUUCCCGUUUACCUAUGGCCCAGUUGUUACCCAACCCUUUCACUGUUGUCAACGCUCUCUCUCUCUCUCUCUUGCCAUUCAGUCCCCCGAAUCCACACUCUCUCACCCAAGUGUCCUCCUCUCUCUCGUCAUUUUGUGCUGCAAGUGACGACUUUCACACACACAUAUGAUACACACACAUCUCUCUCUCUGUCCUCUCUCUUUCUGUCUCUCUGUCUCUCUACUCUCUCUUUCUCUCUCUUCUCUCUCUCUUUUCUCUCUCUCUCUCUCUUUUCUCUCUCUCUUUUCUCUCUUUUCUCUCUCUCUGACUCUCUGACUCUCUCUGACUCUCUCUGUCUCUCUCUCUGUCUCUCUGUCUCUCUCUCUCUCUGGCGGACGGGACGGGGAUCAACUACCCCCGACUGCCCCGGUCGUCUAGCCGCGAACGCCACCCCUGUCAAUCUCUGCUUUCUGUCCACAUCACCCACAUACGCAAAGACCAGACACACAUCCUUCAGCCGACACCGCCUGCCCACACAAGGCACGCCCUCCCCUAAGAAAAUGGACGUUGAGUCAAUGCACAUUCCCGUCUCCCAGACCAUCUCGGUGUCUGACGGGAGCCCGCUGUUACAGCCCAUCCCCAAGGACCUGCAUCACACCAACAUGGAGAAACUUCUCCACCUACAAACCCAGCACCAGGUCCAUCAACACCAAUUUCAACGACAACAGCAACAACAACAACAGCAACAACAGCCUGCCCCCGCCCACCUCCUACCAGCUCCCCAACAACAACCGUCGUUGCAAACUGGCAUGUCGGCCUUGGACCCCCACAUGUUUCAGGAAUUCCGGCACGCGCUCCAGCAGCAGCAACAGCAGCAGCAACAGCAGUCUCUGGGCUUGGUGGCACCAUCCUCCUCAGCGCCUGUGUCACAUGUUACCCACGCCCUUCCCAUAUCUAGCGCCUAUGGCUCUGCGGGCUGUUCGCCCGCGACCUCCUCGCAAGCUAGUCAACAGACCGUGCUACCCGCUUCUUCAAUUCACACCUCACAACCACCGCAUCAGCUUCAACAACAGCAGCAACAACAACAACAGCAGCAGCAGCAGCAGCCACCCGGACCACCAGGCAAUGUAGCUUCAGUUGGCGGUGGACAGCCUCAAUCCCAGGCCCAGGGUUUGGAACAGCAAUUUCAACAACUGACCCCGCAACAACUGCAGCAUCUGCACAGGCUCGCGACCCAGAGCCAGGGCGCCGCUGCUCACAACCUUUUGCCACCGCAGAGCUUGGGCAGUGUCUCAUCGCAGCCCUCGUCAGUCGCAGCCGCUCUGCAGCAAGCCGUAACACAACCAGGCCACUUGCAAGAUUUUCAACAGCUUCAACAGUUGCAGCAGCAGCAGCAGCAAUGGCAAAGUCAUCAUGACCGACAACAACAAGAGCAACACCAACAACAACAACAGCAACAGCUGCUACUCCAACAUCAAUUGCUUCUACUCUUACAGCAACAGCAACAGCAACAGCAACAACAACAGCAACAACAGUUGGGCGUUCACGCUUCCCAGCUAACCGCCCUACAACAGGUAGCCCGGGACACGCGUGUCAGUGGUGCCUCAACUUAUCAAGGGGGUUUGCCCAAUGCCAGCAUGCCCAGUGCCUCGAGUGGCAACUCGGCCUCCUUUUCGGCACGAUUGGGUCGCCCAGCAGGUCGCAGCCGAGGACACUCUACUGGUAGCAUUGUAACCAAUCCCGAGUAUCUCAAUCCAGCGGCCUUUGCCGCACAAUUUGCCUCAAAUGGCUAUUUGGCAGACCAAGGCGCCGUGUCGGCUGGCAGCACCGACUUUCUUUCCAUUUCCGGGGGUGCUGAAAUAUCAGCCAGUCUCUCGCCCCAAGACUCUAUCCGCUCCAAUAACAAGAGCCCGGCACAUGACUUGGAACACUACCGUGAUGACUCGAACAAUUCCACCAGCUCUUCGCGAGCCGCGUCUGUGGCAAGCCGCCGCGAUAGCAGCAUCGCACCCCUUCGUUCUGCAUCCCGAGAACAGCGUCGUAGCAUAAGCCGUCGCCGGACUCACUCGGCGGGUGCUGCCCUGGCGCAACGCCCCACCGCUGAAACGCUCCGCAACCAACAACAGCAGCAACAACAGUUUCAACAACAGCAAAAACGCCGUAGCCGUGGUCGCUCCACUGGUGCCAUCGGUGCUGAGCUGCCUGAUGACUCAACAAUCCAGCGUGCCGAAAACAUUAGCAAUGAGAGCAUGUCCCCCGCUAGCCUACGGUCACUGCUCUUACGCAACGAUCUACCAGCAGACAAGUACCCGUGUGGUCCUUUCUGUACAAAGAAGGAGCAUACCUGCGUGUUCUGUGAUAAAAACUUUCCCAGUCACAGCAAGUUGAUCCGACACGUGCGCAUUCACACCAAGGAGAAGCCCUUCCUUUGUACCAUUUGCAAUACGCGUUUUACUCAAAACUGCAGCUUGCGGACGCACUUGCGCAAGCACACCGCGGCGGAUCACAGCCGCAUGCUGGCCAUGCUGGGAACGGAUGCCCUUGCUUCGCCCGUGGGCUUGCAAGCGUAUCAAGAGCAUUUGUCAGAGGACAACGCGACUCAAGCCCAAUUCGCCUAUGGCCUGGAUGGUCUCGCUCAAGGCGUUCAGGACUUGGACUUUGAACAGGCUGAAUCAAUGCAAUCUCUCAUGUAUCAGCAGCAGUCACAUCAGCAGCAGCAGCAGUCACAUCAGCAGCAACAACUUCAACAAUUUCAACAACAACAACAACAACAACAACAACAACAACAACAACAACAACAACAACACUUUGUUUUGUCUGCGCAGCAGCAACAGCCUCAGUUAUACUCGCAGCAGCCAGAUGUUAAUCAUGUUCAGCAGGCUCAGGCCAGCAUGCCUGGCUAUGCAGGAGAGGACGCGAUGCGACGGCUUUUUCAAGGACUCGGCACAUCCUUUGAUGACCCCCUCGGCCAUCUUGAGGCAUCGCUAUCCUUUGAUGAAGGACAAGCCCGUUUUUUGCCCCUUUGUAGCAACUGUGUGACUCACGCCAAGUGAUUUUUUUUUUUAAAAUCCGAUCAAGUCAGCCUCGCGUGUCGCUCAUCUAUUCUUGCCUCUUGACUUGUUCUUCCCCUUUCGUACCGGCGGGGCUUCUGUGUGUGUGACGGUGAGGAACGUGUUCCAUAUUAUUUUUUCCUCCGCUUGGGCCUGUGGCCCCAUUUUAUUUUUGUUCGUCAACAGCGCGUGGGUCCUCUCGGCAGCCUUGAUAUGCGUGCAGCUUGCGACCCUUUCUUGCCAGUGUUUAAAAUGUGAAUUGACCCAAGGCAAC